AUGGUGUAUGUCCAUAUACACAUGGCCAAGACGGGAGGCUCGUAUGUCAAUGGAGCUCUGGCGUUGAAUUACGAGCGUGCGUGUGGGGAGAAGGGCAACUCCUAUGAUGCCUAUCAGGCCAAUCGGCGGUACGCAAAUUAUGUUGCUUACAGAGAUUCCAUCAGCCGAGUCUCGCCGGGAUUUCACCGGCAGAGGGUGCCGUCAUGGAUCUUAGCUGAGGUUGGCUACGAGGACUGCGACUGGCUGUCCAUGGAAAGGAAAUGGUGGUAUUGGAAGAAGCUUGAGAACUGGACGAUUGAGUUCCACCUGCCUUGUCGAGAUCCUAUUGAUCACUUGCUGUCCAUGUGCAACUACGGAGGGCGAGUCCUGAACUGCAGUGGCGACUUGGUGCACCAGCUUGAUCGUUGCAUCAUACACAAAGACAGGUAUAGCGACAACCUGACUUCUUUGGAUGAGUUCCCCAAUGCCAGAUUCAAGUGUUACAACUACUCGAUGACAUCCGAGUACAUCGGGUACAUGAGCACCCUUCUCCAGAAGAAGAAGCGCCUGUCCAAGUAUGUGUAUCGUCCUACAAACAAGCCUCGGAAUGCGAGCCGCGAGUGCUUGCUGGACAAUGCCUCGGCCAGGUUCGCGGCGGAACAGUACUUGAAGAGGAUGCCGUACUACGCAUUUUGCGACCAGUGCGUCGGUUCACGGCGGGAUCUUCUUCUUGCGCAGAUGGCCACAUCCGAAGAUUGGAAAGAGGGGGCCGGAAAUAUGUCCCCAAGCACUGCGCAGGAGGAGCUUGUCCUGUACGCCCAUGUCCACAUGGAGGAAACUGGGAGCUCAUAUGUCAAUGAAGUGCUGUCCUUGAGCUACGAGCGUGUGUGUGGGCAGAAUGGUUAUUCCUACGAUGCCUAUCAGGCUCACCUAAGACACCUAGCAAAUCUUUCCGACAGAGGCAGAAGUGCCAGCGGCAGCAGGGCUUUGCAAAUGGUCCAAGGCUUGAUCCGAGUCGCUGGAAGGCGCAAGAAGCUGGGGCGGAGGAAGCAAGAUGUUGACUGGCAAAAUCGCGGACAACUUGGUGAAGGUCGCGCGAAGCGAGGGGCUGAAGAGCAAAGUCGUGGCAAUUUCACGCGCGAGAAACUCGAUGAAGGGCGCAGCAAGCGAGGUGCUGAGUCGCGAAGUCGAGGGAACUUCACGCGCAAGAGCCUGGGUGAAGGUCGCAAGAAGCGAGAAGCUGAGUUGCGAAGUCCUUGGGAUGUCGUAAACCAGAAACUUCGUGACAGGCGCAAAGAGCAAGAGCUUGAGCGGCAAAGAGGUGCGAACGUCGCGCCCCAGAAGCGAGGUACCAAGCAGGGAAGUGGCAGGAACGCCACAGGCAAGCAGCGAAAUACUAGUCGCAAGCUUCCUCGUCGGCGUCGUCGUAAUUUCACAGAUUCCAUGAACCUACUUGAUGGCAACUACUCCAGACAUCAAGUUUCUGUUCAGAUGAUGAAUGAGAUCGGCUACGAGGACUGCGACUGGGUGGGUCAGGAGAAGAAAUGGCCCUACUGGAAGAGGUUCAGGGACUGGAGGAUCGAGUUCCACGUCCCUUGUGGCGAUCCUCUUGAGCACUUGCUGUCCAUGUGCCAGCGCAACAGGCAAGUCUUACACUGCCGUAGCGACUUGGCACGCCAGCUUAAUGCUUGCAUCAAGGGCUUGAAGGGCAAGAUUACCGAGAAGCUGAAUUCUUCAACGCUGUUCCCUAAGGGCAGGCUUAAGUGCUACAACUUCUCGAUGGCACUUGAGUACAUCGAGUACAUGGGCACUCUGCUCCAGAAGAGGAGGUAUGUGCCAGAGCGUGCGGAUCGGACUCUGUAUCAAAGAGUUCGGCCCCGGAUCAUCAGCAGGGAGUGCUUGCUGCACAACGCCUCGGCCAGGUCCAUAGCGUUGAAGUUCCUGAAGACGGUGCCGUACUACGCGUUCUGCAGCCGGUGUGUUGGUUCAAAGCAGGAUCUUCUUCGGAGAGACCACAAAGCCCUGGAAAGAUCGUUUCUGCGUGCGGCAUCCUUGAGGAUAUCGGAUGAUCUGAGGUGCUCCUUGUUCGGUGCACUGCGGCAGUCUAUGUGGUUUGUGGAUCUAGAGCAGAAGGAACACUUUGCCCCAACAGAGAGCCAUGCCACGGCCGGGCGGGCCGAAAGAGGUGUUUCUGCCGAAGCAAGUUCUCCUGUGUGCGCGGACUGCGCAUAUGGUCGGUUCUCGCAGGAUCCCAAGGGCUUGUCUCGGCUCUUGGCGCGAAACCACGUGGCGAUCAUGCAGCGCUUGGACGAGCAGGACACGAUCUUACGUGAGCUCUUGUCACAGGCUCGGAAGCCUCCUCGGCUUUCGUACGGCCUGAGCCAGAUUGUGAAGCGGCACUCGCAUCGCGAGUCGCCCAAGGCGUCCUCAGAGGAUCUGGGUGCCACCGAGACGCCGGAGAAACCUCCCCAGUUGAAGAUGCUGCGGAGCUACACGGAUGAGGACCUGGCUCAGAAGGACCUGUCCCGUCGCAGUGAGGCCAUGCAGGGACUCGCGGACAAGGUCUCCAUGGGUUUCCAGCGCAUGCAGAAGUCCACCGACUCGUGCAUCAAGAGGAUCGCGCAGCACCAGGCCUUUGAAUUCUUCUUCGCGCUGGUCGUGAUGAGCAACGCCGUCUUCAUCGGAAUCGACGUGCAGCAUGGGAUCUCCGAGCCACUGGGGCCCAGGCCCGUGGCCUAUAGGGUGGUCCAGUACACCUACACGGCCCUGUUCGUCUUGGAGCUGGCCAUCCGCCUGGGCGCCCAAAAAUGGCAGUAUUGCAGCUCUGAAGAUUGGAUGUGGAAGUGCUUGGACAUGUUCGUGGUGAUCACCUCCUUGUGGGAGGUCACUGUUGACAUCCUGCAAGCGGCCUACGAAGGGCAGCAGAACGUCGACUCCAUUCAAGGCCUAAGCAACCUCAAGUCCUUGCGAAUCAUUCGCCUGACGCGUCUCGUGAGAACUGUGCAGUUUGUGCGCGUCUUCCGCUUCGUGCUGGCCUUGCGCAUGCUGGUGGACUCCAUCCUUUCGACCCUCAAGUCCUUGUUCUGGGCGCUGAUCCUCCUCUCGCUGGUGGUCUACGUCUUUGCAGUGCUGUUCGCCACCGCGGUGAACGACUACAUCCACGAGAACCCGACAUCCUUGAGUGAGAAGGAUUUUGACGCCUCUCGAAUCUUCUGGUCUUCCUUACCGGAGAGCAUGCUCACGCUGUUCAUGAGUAUUUCAGGCGGCGUGAGCUGGGUGGAGGUUCUCAGACCUUUGCAAGCGAUUUCCGUCUUUUGGUCCUACUGCUUCCUGUUCUUCAUCUCGUUCACGUAUUUCGCAGUUUUAAAUGUUUUGACCGCGGUCUUCUGUCAAACUGCUAUAGAGAGUGCACAGAAUGACCAGACGACCAUGGUGCAAACCAUGCUUGACAACAAGCAUGCUAUCUUGGAGAAGCUGAAGUCGCUGUUUUAUGAGAUUGAUGCAGACGACGUGGCAAACGGCCAUGUUGGAUCGCUGACAAUGGGAGUCUUCGAAGAGAAGAUGAAGAACCCUGAAGUGCACGACUUCUUCGAAUCCCUGGGGCUGGAUGUUUGGGAUGCGUGGUCGUUUUUCAAGCUCCUCGACACAGACGGAGGCCGCUGGCCGAUUGGUUUAGGGUUUAGGGUUCAGGGUUUAGGGUUUAGGGUUUAG